AUGUUGUCGUUGUGUCUUGGACAGAGAGUUGAGGACGGCACGCUGGUGACGGCGCUGCAGCAGGCUGCACGGUUCUAUCUGUUGGCGGGGCUGCGCUCCGUGCAGUUGUUGGACGGCGUCAAGACGCAGCAGGACUGGAGCGACAAGCUCAACGACGAGCAGCUCGCGUCGGCGCUGUCGCAGCUGCAGGCGCUCUACGGCUUGCACGAGCUGGCUGGGUUCGACCAUGAAGACGUCCCCGAGCUGAAAGACGCGGGGGAGUUUGUGGCGUACGACCUGCUGCUGCAUGCGGACGAGCCGCAAGACGUGGCGUGGAUGCUGCUCAAGCUGUCGCCCAAGCUGCGGAAGCUGCCGAUAGUGCAGCGUGCAUUGCGCGCGUUCGUGGCGCUUCAGACGGACGAUUUCCGCGCGUUUUUCGCCGAGUUUGGAGCCAUGUCGCUCCUGGAACAAGCCGCGGCGUUGCGUCACCUACCGAAGGUCUGGGAUCGGGGCUUGCGUAUGAUGAACAAGGGAUUCGGCAAGCAGGAUCGAUUCCCGCUGGAGGAGCUGGCACGCUGGAUGCACCUCGCUGAUCCAGAAAGUGAAGGCGAAGGUGAACUCGCUGAACGACUCUGCAACGCCAUGAAAAUCCAAGCACAGCGUCAUCCGCCGCCCCCGCCGCCAGCCCCAAAAGAAAACGAAGAAGUUGCUGACUCUUGGGAAGUCGUCGAUGACCUCACGGCGAAGGUGUCGUCGCUAUCGGUGAAGAAGGCGCCGUCCUCAAUUGGCUUUGCACAGUUCAAGCUCGCGCCACUGCUUGAGAGGAUGGACUCGGGGGCGGUGAGGUCACUACUUCGCGAUGUAGUCAGCCGCAUCGAAGCAACUUUAGCGGCCGAGGGCGCGCUCUUGACGACGACGGAGCUGAUCAUGGGCAAGACACAAGAAACCAGCACAAGCGGUUAG